AUGCAAGAGGCUCUAAAGCUGGGAAUCGGCGAUGUGAUGAUCCCUCGACUUGUUUUUGACGCCGUUAAAAAUGGAGAGUGGGCCAAACUGAUUGGCCAAGUCGGCGAACCAAAGCAGUUGUUCCUAGCGGACGUCUACGACGAGAUUAUUGCGGCAGCCUGCCUCUACGCUCGGAUACACAAUCGUCCGCCUGGCCCAAGGCCUCGGACCUCGUCCAAAGGUGGGAUUUGCCACGAAUAA